GGCAACCACUCUCUCACGUGACAACAACGCCAGUUUGAUGUCUUCAACUGCUGCUUCUUCUACCGAUGACACAUCUAAGGUCGCUUCAGGUGUAGCUUCUCGUACUGUCCUAACUGCGGUCAAAAAAUGGCGUGGUUUGAAAGACACAAAAGUGAAGAAAAGACUUCUCGCUUUGAAGGAAGAGCGUCGUCAGAGGGAAGCAGAAGCUAAAGAGAAAGCUCUCCUCUUAGCAAGGAAGAUCCCAGUCGAUGUGCUCGCACGAGAAUGGCUUAACGAGACGAAACCCAAUGUAGAAACGAGAGCUUACUUGCUUGACAAGUUGUUACCAACAUUAAUUCUGGCCGUUGAGAAACUCUUGAGUGAAGUGAGCAAAAGGAACUUAGAAGAUCAAAAAGGAAUUGUUCCUGACUUCAAUCCUCUCAACUUUCUAGCUCAAUAUUUGAUGAGAAAUAAUCCUAGAUUUGUCCAUUUCUCCGACUCUUCUCCCUACAUGCGGGGAAUACGAGCUGUAGCUGAAGAGCUAAGGAAUAGCGUCUUUGCCCUGGAAGAGAACAAGAUAGCUAAGGCGAAGGCUGAAACAAGAAGGAAGAGGGAAGAGAGACAGAAGCAAGCGGCAAUGAAAGAGGAAGAAGCAAAGAGAAGGAGAAUCACAAUUGCUGGAGCAUUUAGAGAUUGGGUGCAAGGAGGUGAAGUCGAUGUGGUUGAAAAGCCACAGGUUCAGUCUGCACUUCAAUCUUUUCAACGCAUGACUGAGUUCUAUCCAGAAGAGACAAAGAAAUUGACAGAAUACUCUAAAACAAUAGAAGACGAAGUCAGUCAUGUCCAUCAGCUUGAUCAAUCGAUGUUUACAGAUUAUGUGUAUAUGUUUGUCAAAGACUUCCCACGUGAGGUAUUUGAUACAUUUGCUGAGCAUUUGGUAUCAUGUGGUCAAUGUAUCGUGGCUGACAGACAUCUGGCAAAGCUCAGGGCAAUAAUGAGUGCUGCUUUUGCAAAGGCUGAUGUUGGCGAGAUUGGACUGUUGGAUCGUGUGCAAGUUCUCAAACUACUACAGAGGUUUUAUAAUUCAUCAAACAACAGCACGGGAUUACGAGAUCCAACAACAUGGCAUAUUGUUGAAAACACAUUGGAACAGCAGAUGGGGGAGGAGGCUAGUGCAGGAUUGCUUGUCAAGAAAGACAUAAAAACAGAUGAAAAUGUUGAAGAGAGUCAGCAGAAGGCCAGUGCUAAGACAAACAAAAACAUACAAGAUCUCAAUCAACAACUAGAAGACGACAAAGAAGUGAUGGUUCAGCAGGAAGGCAAUGAGCGAAAAGAACAGAAAGAAAAUUUGCAGGAAAUCAAUGAAGAAACAACUGGAGACAGAGAUAAGAGUUUCAACACAACAGAAGCAUCUAAAGCAAAUGCAGAUGAAACAGUAGAGAAAAGCAAUGAGGAAAACAAACGUUUACAGAAAGAUGAAGUCACAGCAUUAGGCACAAAAGAUGUACCAAGUGCAACAAACGUAGAGGACAAGACAACAACUACAGCAAAAGAUCAAGAAUUUCAUAGUGAAGAGCCAACGAGUGACCAGAAAACUGAUACUGCUGACACACGUCCUGCUGCAGAUGAUCACUUAGAUGAGAAAGUAGAAGCAGAAUCAAAUAAAGAAAGACCACAGUUGCUGGAUGAAGGAACAGAUAAAGUCAAGGUGGAGACUGAAGAAGAGAUACAAGAGACCACUGCAAAUGUCGUCGUUGAUGAAGAACAAGAAAGACAAUUAGAGAAAGAUAAAGAACAAGAGAGAGAAGACAUCGCAAGUGACAAGCCAGGAGAUGAGUUUGAGAGCAAACAAGCAGAUGUAGAUGAUAAGUUGGUGAAAAAUAUGAGCAAUGACAGCAAGGCAAAUGAAGAUGCAGAUAAACAGAAUCGCAUAGAGAGCACAGAACGAGAAGAUGGCAACGAUGGACAAGAUGAUGUACAACAAAGUGAUGACAUCAAACACCAUGUAGAAGUUGGAAAGAGCGGUGAAGAGAUGAUUGUGACAUUUCAUGUUACACCAGUGCAAGAAGAAGAUGGAAGUGGUAGAACAACUGAACGAACAAUGACUACUUCUAGAACACAGAGAAGUCAAUCGAGACCAAGGACAAGAACAAGACGCAUUGGCUCUCUCGUUUUGGAGACUCCAAUUCACUUUGAAAGUAGUCCUGGCCCUGUAUUCGAUUCAACAACAGUUUCCAAAUCUCAAUUUCUCCAACUAUCGCUGAUGUUUCUUGGCGAUCAGUUAACCAUGGAAGUUGCGCGGCAGCUGGCUGACUUCAUGGCACAGCAUUAUGGAGAAGACGAGGAGGAGCGGGAAAAGAGAAGAUGCAAGAGUCGCUCAUUGAUAAGACAAAUGGAUCGCCAGAAUGCAAUCAACCAACUGUUUAUCAAGUGGGAUCAAAAUUGUUCAGGCUAUUUAGAGAUUGACGAGCUGCAGAUAGUUUUGAGAAGAUGGAAGGGACUCGACUCAAGGGGAGCCAGAGAACACGUUCGUCAAGUACUCGACGCCGUUGACAAUGACCAAGACCAGAAGUUGAAUCGUCAAGAACUACAAGCAUAUAUUGAGCUGCUUGCUGAUGAAUUUCCGGGCGAUGAUGACGCAUUCGAUGAGAUAGUCCUGUUUCUCACAGAGAACGUCGAACAAACAUACGAGGAAGAAACACGCAGGAAAAGUAGACUGAAACUGUUGGAGAAAAUACGAAGGGCCGGCAAGACACACGGAGUCAACUUCCAACCACUCUACCGUGCCACCUUUUUGGCAAUUCAAAAAGAUGCAGGAGAGCACGGGGAUAAGGAAGUAGUUGGUGCAAAUGUGGCCAUUUUGGAAACAGCAGAGGAUGAGAAUGAACAGAAUAUUCUGAAUUUUGUGGCCACCACUGAUGAUAAAGAUCUUGUUGGACGAAGGCUCCACCGGUUGAGCAAGAAGACAAAUUUUGCUGUGGUUGACUCAGGCAAGCCAAUGGUUAUUCCGAAGGUCAGUGCUCACAGUGCCGUUCUAAUAGGUGGACCAAGAGGCAGGGUUGUUGAAGAGGUUUGUGACGGAUCUCUUGUUCUUGUACCGAUGAAAAAUGAAGGAAAUCGGGUGAUUGGCGUACUGUCAGUUGACUCUGUUGCUGAUCCACCCGGUAAAGAAUUUGCUGAGCAUGAAGUCAGCUAUUAUCAGGGAGUGGCAAGAGCGCUAACAAGUUCAUACAUCUACAUUGAUGUUCGUCUCAAAAUCCUACGCACCACACAGUCAGCCAUUGCAUGGAUACACAGAAGAUGUCCAACAGUUGUUGAAAUAACGGUUUACCUAGUUGAGCCCAUGCAGCACUCUGCUGAUGGUGAGUUUGUGUUUCGUAAAAUGUUGACUACUGACGUGAGAGGCGAAUCUUCAAUCAACCUGAAUCCACCUCAGCUGGCAAAGAAUGACAACUUGUUCAGAGGCUAUCUCUUCAAGUGUGUCUACAAUUCAGAGACUGUGACUAGUAUCGCAUACGGUCACAAUCGCGUUGCCCACCCGCUUCGCAACAGUGGAGGAUACACACUGUUUGUGCUGGAUAUUAGCACUGGAAGAUCGAAGGGAUUGCCGCAGCAGCAGAACGCUGAGAUGAGUAGAAUGUUGAACUUGUUGACGAUGGCGUGUGCUGAAGUGUCACACGAAGUUGAGAAUGAUGAAGAUCCAGAAUGUGUUUUGGAGGCGGAGUCUGCAAGUCAAAACGUCCGUAUUAGUGUCCUGUUUGAUCGUCUCAUGUUGAUGGAACUGCGUGAGAAUGUUGAGAAGCUUCAACCAAACAUUUUCUCAGAGCUGAGGAGUUAUGUUAUCCCUCCUGCUGUUGUUCAUUGUGUCAUUCAAGCUGUGCUAACCGUCUUCUAUCCUGAGCAGACAAAAUUAUUUUCAGACUGGAAUGAGUGCAAACAGGCUGUCUCUCCUGAGCUGCUGAAGAAAAUAUCACACCUUGAUCCAACUGCUUCAUCUGUUAAUAUCAACCAAACUCUUAUACUUGAAUUACUUCAAGAUGUUCCUCACGGUGAAGUUUCGAAACACGGCUCCAGACCAGCCGAACUUCUCUACAAUUGGCUGUAUGUAUGUCUUUCUCUCAUUGAACAUACAGGACGAAUGAGACAAAAUGAGCAAGUGAGCCCUAAGGUCAGCAAACAGGAGACAACAGACAAGGAAUCACCUUUGGAAAGCAGUGAUGGUAGCCCCUAAAACUAAGUGUAGUGAGGACCAAAUAUUGUUGAUUAUAUAAGUAAUUAAUUAUUGCAUAGUGAGAAUGAAAUUUAAAUCUGCAAGUAAUACA